GGAGCAUAUGCAGGGAGUAGAGCUAUGGAGCUGGACUACAGUACUGACAGCUGCUUUAGCCGGAGUACUGAUCCUGCUGGUCCAGAGGUUCAAAACCUACCAGGAUCCAAAUGCUCAAAUCCUGAGAGCCAGAACUCAAAGGGAUAAGAGCCUGCAGCGUGCUGAGCAGGCUGUGCAACAUCAUAAGAACUCACAUCCAAAGAAGCACUUGCCUCCCAUCUUAUCUCUUUCACUGUCUGAACUGAUGAAGUCACUCAAGGAAGAGACUCUGAGUCCCGAAGAUGUUUUUUAUUCCUACAUGGAAAAGACUUUGGAUGCAAACCAAAAGCUCAACUGCUGCACAGGAGUUUUAAUGGAGAGUUUUGACCAGGUGAAGAACCUCAACAGAGAAGGUCUGCUGUACGGAGUUCCUGUUAGCAUCAAAGAAAACAUUGGAUACAAGAAUCAUGACUCAACGUGUGGACUGAGCAUGAGGUUGGACCAGCCUGCCCAGAAGGACAGUGUCCUUGUAGAGGUACUGAAGAGCCAAGGAGCUAUUCCCUUCGUGAAAACCAAUGUGCCUCAGACGCUUUUCAGUAUAGGUUGCAGCAAUCCCAUCUAUGGGCAGACUCUGAACCCCCACGACCACAAGAAGACCCCGGGAGGAUCAACCGGUGGAGAGGCAGCUCUUAUUGCAGCAGGAGGCUCUGUGCUUGGUUUUGGCAGUGAUGUUGGUGGCAGUAUCCGUAUUCCUGCCUCCUUCUGUGGGAUUUGUGGCUUCAAGCCCACAGGAGGCCGACUCAGUUCACUCGGGGUACGUGCUACGCUCCCAGGAUCACGGCACCUUCAAGCAUCUGCUGGACCCCUAGCAAAGGACGUGGACAGCCUGGCUCUGAGCAUGCAGGCUCUACUUUGUGACCGCAUGUUUUCACUGGACCCCACUAUUCCUCCUUUUCCUUUUAACUUACAGAUAUACCAGAGCUCCAGUCCUCUGAGGAUUGGUUACUUAGAGAACGAUGGCUGCAGAGAACCUUCUCCAAGCAUGGCUCGAGCCCUCAGAGAGGUCAAAGGUCUUCUAGAGGCAGCAGGACACACUUUGAUUCCCUUUAAGCAUUUGACUUCUAGGCUGAAUGAAAUCCUUGCAAGACGAAGUUACGCAGUAGACGGUGGAUCCGUCAUGUUAGAAUUAAUGAAGGGAGAGAAAUUGGACCCUUGUAUUUAUCAAGAGAUGUUAUUUUUACGUAUUCCCUGUUGGGUGAAGAAGAUCAUCUCAAUCCUCAUCAAACCCUGGUCUUCUAAUGUGGCUCAGAGGCUUAGUCUUGGAACUGGAAUUGGGACUAUUUCAGACCUGUGGAAGUAUCAAGAGAAAGUCAAGGACUGCAUUCACGAUACCAUACAAGAGUGGAGAAGAUGCAACAUAGAUGUGCUGCUGUGCCACAUGAUGGGACCCGCCUACAACACCGAAACCUGUUCCGUUGUCUCUCCUGAUAUCGCACAUACAGUAAUCUACAAUCUCCUCAACUUUCCCGCCGGAGUGGUUACUGUUUCCACAGUGACACCACAGGAUGAAGAAGAACUCAGGAACUACAAGGGAAAGUACCAGAACUUAAAGGAUAAGCAUUUCAAAAGGGCUGUGAGUGGAGGUGAAGGUUUACCUCUGUCCAUACAAUGUGUGGCGCUGCCCUGGCAGGAUGAACUCUGCUUGCGUUUCAUGAGAGAAGUGGAACAGCUGGUCAGACUGAACAGGAAGACUGGGACGAGCCGCGUCGCGAGAGAACCGGAUCCAUGAGGCCAUUCAGGUUGACCCUUCCCUGCUCAGGAAAUAGUAAUAACUAAUCUUUAAAAUGUAUCCAGAGCAUUAUAAUUAUCCUUAAAUGAUUUGUUUAAACAUAGGUCGAUGUUUCACGUCUUUGUCUGGCAGAAACAAAUCUUCUCCCAGAUCUCAGAUUUCUUGC